UGCGCUAGGCUUAAGUCUCAGAUGAUUUCACCAGCACAAUAACUUGCUGCCCUCUACAACUUCAACUUCACCGACUUCCAAAGAGUUACAACAUAUGAAUUUAAAUAUGAGGAUUCUGAGCCAAUCAAUCUUUCCCCUCCUCUGGGCUGCUUUGGUCGUUUGUCAGUACGAAGAUUAUGAUUUCGAGGAUGACUAUGAGGAGCCAGACCAUCAAACUCCGUAUUAUUUUAACCUGAACACACAAGCUGAAGUUCCUCGCUUUCCUUUCCCAGUGGAGUGUGCCAGGGAAUGUUUCUGCCCACCAGCUUUCCCCUUGUCCAUGUACUGUGACCAUCGGAACCUGAAGACAAUCCCAAAUAUCCCCAGUCACGUCCAGCAACUUUACCUGCAGAACAACGACAUUGAAGCUGUGCCUGCAGCACCAUUCACUAAUGUCACCUUUGUGAGGGAAAUCAACCUCAGCUACAACAAAAUUAAAUUCCAUAGGAUUGACCAGGGGGUUUUUGCCAAACUUUCAAGCUUAGUGCAGCUUUAUUUGCAACAUAACGAGUUAGAAGAGUUUCCAUUCCCACUGCCCAGCUCUCUAGAGAGACUCCUCCUUGGCUUCAAUAAGAUUUCCCGGUUGCCUGGGGAGGCACUGGAAGGGUUACCCAACAUCACCACGCUGGACCUUUGCAGUAACUUACUUGAUGACUCAGUACUCAAAGACAGACCCUUUUCCAACAUGAAAAAUCUACUGCAGCUCAACUUAUGCAACAACAAGUUACAGACUAUGCCUCCUGGUCUGCCAUCAUCACUUAUGCACCUCUCUCUCGAAAAUAAUUCCAUUUCUUAUAUUCCAGAAAACUAUUUCCACAGACUUCCCAAAAUCAUUGCUCUGAGAAUGUCCCACAAUAACCUGCAGGACAUUCCACGCAACACCUUUAACCUACCCAACCUCCUGGAACUUAACCUUGGACACAACAAACUGAAACAAGUAUUCUAUAUUCCAAGAAGUUUGCAGCACUUGUAUAUUGAAGGCAAUGAACUUGAAAACAUAAACGUUACUUUGAUGUGCCCAACUCUGGACCCACUGAACAUCCACCAGCUGACCUACAUCCGCGUGGACCAGAACAAGCUGACGAGCCCCAUCAGCAGCUAUGCCUUCUUCUGCUUCCCCCUCAUCAGAACCAUCUACUAUGGAGAACAAAAUGUGACUCUCAACAAGCCAAGCCGGCUGCGAACACCGGUGUUCCGGCGGUUCCUAACCCCCGAGGAAUACCAGGAAGCAGAAGACAAUCCUGAAACGCACAGUCAGGACACCGAAGAAGAUCAGGAAGCACAAGACAACAACUACUUCUACCCUUACUUUCACUGAAGGAAUUGUUAACGAGCGUACAGGGAAAGUUUUCCUUAGUUGGGGGUCACUCAUAGCCACUCUAGAACAAUUGGAUAGUCUGGGAUGUUUAAUAUGGAUGUGUGGAGGUUGGAUUUAGUGUAGGGAAGUGUCCUCUUAGUGGUGUAGUAAAAACCAGAACAGCAGGAACAAAGAGCACUCACCUGAGCAUCAGACAAAGUCUGAUACAUCCCUGGGUUGAUGGUGGGCUUGCCCUUGGGUGAAGAAAACUGACCUGAAAAAGCUUCUGUGUCCUAAACUGCAAAAUGCCUAAAACACACAUGAAUGUCAUACUCUAUAGGAACAAAUAGUUAAGGGCAAAAAUCCUCCCAGCUCUGCAUCCUACUGCUGAGAGCAGAGGAGAACAGACACACCAGAGAGCAGGACAGGAGGGUGAGGUCACAAGAACACUUCCACAAGGUUC